UGUGUGUGUGUGUGUUUUGAUUCAUUUCCAUCCCACCGACCAGAUCCUCUCAAAACACUGAAAGCUGCCCAUGUAAAAAUGUUAAAUUACCAAAUAACAAUCAGCUUAGUCACUACCUUCACUCUCACGCUCAUCUCAAAAGGUAGCAAUGUUGGGUGGUGAUGACCCUGGAAACAGCUUCACGCAAUGUUAAAGGGGGCUGGACGUUCUUUAAGAUAGCUAACAUUUCUCAGCCAGGGCAGUACAUCAACUCCAAACAUGAUCAAUAUUCUUAUGGUUAAAUGUCCCCAUUGUCAUUAUGUGUGUGGAUACUCAAUCAGGACAGGUUUGCUUGACAGGGUUUGGACUGGAACUGUCCCAGAAAAAGUGUGUGUGUGUGUGUGUGUUGAAACACAUUCCAAUGUGGAAAUGGAGAUCUCUGUUACUGCUCAGUGUCACUGAGUCACUGACUGUUUAUUUACCUUUUUUAAAUUAUUAUCUUAUUUUGAAAAUAAUAAAUGGUGAUUGUAAAGGCAGAUGUGGAGUGUGUAAUUUGCAUACGUGUGUAGCUGUGCGAUUGGACAAGUAUGUAAAUACAAAACAAAUAUGCCAAAACCUCACUUACAUGUUUUCUAUGUAUUCGCUUGUUAGAACUUAAACCCAUGUAGGAAUCUCAUGCCAGAACAAAUCUAAUUUUACGCAAAGCAAUAUGUUCAGCGGUUACAACCUGUCCUUUUGCAGCUGUGUCGUAAUGAAGCAACUCCCUUUAAAAAGCGGGAAUGAAGUUCUCAUUGAUUUUAUGAGGAGGAGAGACCAACCUGAGGGACGAGAGGAAGUGAACGUUCAACCUGCGGACGAGAAACCUUCGAACAUUAGAACCUCUUCGUAGUCGGUGCCAAAAUACACCAUGUCCCGCUACGAGGUUAAGAGCUCUUUAGAAUUAGCAUUAAGUUGUCCAGUUUGCCAGUGUGUUCUCUCUGAACCAGUUACCCUACUCUGUGGACACACAUUUUGUGAGGCCUGUCUUGAGGGGGCCAUGACUUCCACAAACCGUGAGGGUGGCUGGCACUGUUGCCCUGAGUGCAACGAGAGGUUCCAGGGCCUUGGAACCGAACCAAAGAACCUCACCCUUUGCAGAAUCGUAGAAAGCUACAAAGAGGGACAAAAGGGCACAGCUAAUUCUUUACAGAGAACCCAGCAGCAAAAGGGUGGUAAGGGAACGGACAUUCAGACUGGUGAGUGUUGCACAAGAUACCCUGACUUUGCUUCCACCAAGACCAAUGAGGACCAAAGAAAUGUACCAGAAGUCUUAUCCCCCGCUCAAUUGGAGGACAUCAAUUUGGGAGCAGAACUGGACACCGGGUCAGCUUGUUGCUCAGGUGACCCUGCUUUGAAAAGAGAAACUGAUGAAGGCAGAAUCAGGCUGUCUGGUUUGGCAAAAGAUCUGCAGGUCAAACUUGCCACUGCAGAGGCCCUGUUACGGAGGGAGACUGAGAAACAGGCAGAUGUCAGAGCUGUUUACUCUGACCUCCGGGAAAAAGUCACUGGAUUGCUUCAAAAGAUGAGAGACAUGAUCCUGAAGUACAGCAUGACUGGAACAGAGCUGAUUGAGGUCCGACUUCAGCCCAGACAGGAAGCCAUUGACAGGCAUGUCAAACAUGUCUCUGACCUCUACUCUCAGUUAAAGCAGGCACAACUUCAAGGUGGUGCUCUUCUAGAGGAGCAAGAUGGAGCCAUGUUCAGUCGAGGUCUCUUGACAAUUGAGCCUCUGAUCAUAAGGCUUAUGGGAGUUCCUUUGGAAGGAAUAGCGAACACUGCAGAGGACACCCACCCAAACAUGGCAGGAGCUUGUGAAGAGCUGGAGCGGGAGAAUGCUCAGCUCCGGGUAGAACUCAGUUCAGUGCAGAGAGCAUUGCGAAACCUCCUUAACCCGUCAGAGGUGACAUUUGACCCAGACACAGUCCACCCUAGCCUCGUUCUCUCUGAAGACCUGAAGACUGUGACGUUCAGCACCACCAAACGGGCAUAUCCCUCACAGGCUAAAAGGUUUAGCAGUUUCCUACAGGUCCUGAGUUCCCAGUCGUUUGGGGUGGCUGGCGGGGAGCAUUGUUGGGAGCUGGAGAUGGAGAACUGCCCCUGGGUGGUGGGGGUGUGUUAUGAAGGGUUGCCCCGUAGUGGGCUGGCCAGUGCCCUGGAGAGCAGCCCUGGCUGCUGGUGCCUAAUGUAUUGCGAUAACCUGCUGAGGGUAUAUGAGCAGACACGGGCCACACAGCUGAAACGCACCCCCUCUCUGCGCAGAGUUCAGAUUCGCGUCAGCUUUAAGAAUCAAUCUGUGUCAUUUUAUACUGUCAGUAAUAUUGAUGCUACGAAGACGCACCUGCAUACUUCUGAAGUUGCCUUCAUUGAACCUGUGCACUUGGCUAUCAGAAUGAUGUCUGGUCAACCAAAGGCACGCAUUACUGUGUGUUAACUUUGUUAACCCACAUGCUGUCAUUUAUUAUUACUAUUUUAUAGUAAUGUAAAAAAGAUUGGUAUGAAUACAUUAUUGAAACACCUAGUGGUCCGGGUUUAUAUUGUCUUUUAUUUCAUAUUAGACGACCUAUUUAAACAUUUAAUCAAAAUGUUAUGUAAAUGUCUGUAAUGUAAACUGAGUUUGAAGGCUUUGUAUGCAGGCUUUACAAUUAUAUGAUGAAACAUUCAAAUACCACUGACCAGUUCUUUGUACCAUGUGUGGUGGGAGGUUGUGGAGAGGAAGAUGGAGCUUAUAGAUGUCCUUAGAAGCCAUGAUAUAAUGGUAUGUAAUGAUAUAAUAGUAUUGCUAUUUAUGGUACAUUUAGUGAAGAGUUAGUGAAGUGGUGAAAUACAGUUUGUGUAAUGUGUUGUCUGCAUCAGCAAUGAAAAUAAAGGGCCCAUGCGGUCUUGGUCUUUUGA